AACUCCCAUAAAAGUGAAGCAAAUCAGAACCCCUAUGAAAGUGAAGCAAAUCAGAACCCUCAUAAAAGUGAAGCAACAAGUCAGAACCCCUAUGAAAGCGAAGCAAAUCAGAACCUUCAUAAAAGCGAAGCAAGUCUGAACCCCUAUGAAAGCAAAGCAAGUCUGAACCUCAAUGAAAGUGAAGCAAGUCUGAACUCCCAUGAAAGUGAAACAAAUCAGAACACCUAUGAAAGCAAAAGUAGCUAA